AUGUCAAGACACAGAUUUGUCAGGAAUAUGGAUCUCGAUGACGAGAUGAAUGAGGAAGAGGAGGAAGGUUACUCUCAAGAAGAGCAAGCUCAAAUGGCAUCGGCUAUGCCAGUCGCACGAAACGCUUUAAAAGAUAUCAAACCGCCAAUAUCGGAUGAUGCGAUCGCCGAUUCCUUAUGGCAUUAUUGGUUCGACGUGGAGAAAGCUGUACAUUGGUUGAGACAGGAUCACGAGAAGAAAGGCGAAGCUCCACAUCCCUCACUUCGUCCUACACCUAAAGAACAACCUCGUCGUCGACCCAAAAAUCUCUUCUCGUCAAUACCCUCAUCUUCCUCAUCGAGUGAUUCUCCACAACCGCCACUCACGGCCUUGCAGCGGUUAUCCCUAUCGAGAAAACAAGCUACUUCAUCUUCACCUUCAUCUUCACCCGCACCUACAGCAACAGCAGUCUCAUCGAAUGAAAAUGGAGCUAAGCCGAUGUCAAAACUUGCUUUACUCGCUCAAAAACGGAAAGAAGCUGCUGCUGCUGCUGCCGGUCAAUCUGCCGAAAAUCCACUUCGAACACCUACCAAAUCUCCAUCGUCGUCCACUCCAGCAAGUGGCACGCAAAGUCCGAACUCGGAUACGGCGUCAAAACCAUCAUCGAAAUUAGCCCAGAAGAUGGCAGCAGCCCGAGCGGCAAGGGAGGAAUCUGCCGCCAAAGCAGCACCGACGCCUUUGUCAGAAGAUACGAUGGCCAUUGAUGAGCCUAACUCCACUUCAACAGUACAAGAUGAUCUAGAUAUCUUCUCGGCAUUUACUGUCCCCCAAAAACACAAAUCGCAUUCGUCAUCUUCAUCACCUUCAACAUUCUUCUCUAUCCUCACAUCUACAUCAUCCGCCGAUCAAAGUAAAACGGAUACGGAAAUCACCAAUCUACAUGUACCCCUCGCCACGGAUAUCUCAGCUUUAACUAAGAGAUUCGAAGAGGCCUUUGCUGAAAGUCCAGAUGAAGUUGUUCUUCGUAAGAGGCAGGGAAGAGCGGCUGCUAAAGCUGCCAAAGCAGCCUCCGUCUCUCAGAAAUCAGCUUCCUUACCAGGUAAACCACGUACUCAGACGGGCACAACGCCCAAAUCAAAACUUCAGCCCAAGACUCAGCCGAACUCGCCUGUAAACAGUACGAGCAAAGCGGGGUCGUCGGGAACAAGUACCCCGACAAAUAAGGGAAGUGGGAGCAAGAGUCCGUUGACUGUUGCCCAGCAGGAUUUGGCAGGUUUGCAUCUUGACCAAGAGGUUGAUCUGGAAGUUGAGAAGGAAAAGUACAAGGAGAGUGCUGCGUUAUCAAUGAAGACUGAGGAAUUGAUAGCGAAAGUCAGGAAAGAGGAGGAAGAGUCUGGAAAGAAGAAUAUCAGUAUGAUCGUUGUUGGCCACGUCGAUGCUGGUAAAUCCACUUUGAUGGGUAGACUAUUAUAUGAUAUAGGCGAAUUAAGUGAGAAGGAGAAAACAGCCAAUGAAAGAGGAAGUAAGAAAAUUGGGAAAGGUAGUUUUGCAUUUGCUUGGGGUCUAGAUGCAUUGGGUGAUGAGCGUGAUCGAGGAGUUACGAUCGAUAUAGCUACCACACACUUCACAACGCCUCAUAGAAAUUAUACAUUACUUGAUGCACCUGGACAUCGGGAUUUUAUACCUGCCAUGAUCUCUGGUGCGGCCCAAGCGGACGUAGCGUUAAUGGUUGUUGAUGGAUCUCCGGGAGAGUUCGAAGCUGGUUUUGAACGUGGUGGACAAACUAGGGAACAUGCUUGGUUAGUCAGGAGUUUGGGAGUUAAGGAGAUUAUCGUUGGGAUCAAUAAGAUGGAUCUUGUUUCAUGGUCUCAGGAUCGAUACGAAGAGAUCGUCGAAGCUCUAAAACCAUUCUUGCUUUCGGCCGGAUUCGCCUCUGCCAAAACUACAUUUAUGCCUCUGGCCGCUAUGGAAGGUAUAAACAUCUUGGAGAAUGAUGUUGAAGAAUUGAAAGAAUGGUAUGAUGGACCUACGUUGAUAAAUGCUUUAGACAAAGUCGAAGUUCCCUCUCGACCUUAUGAAAGUCCAUUACGAAUACCCGUAUCGAACGUGUUCAAAGGUCAGACUGCGGUUGCGUCGGGUGUAGCAGUAUCAGGUAGACUGUGUAGUGGGGUGGUCCAAGUCGGUGAUAGGCUGAGAGCAAUACCUGGAGAUGAGGUAGCUACGGUCAGGACAAUCGAAGUAGACGAAGAUUCAGCUCCGUACGCCGUGUCAGGUCAAAAUGUAACCCUUUAUCUAUCUGGUAUAGAUUCCAUCAACUUAUCGAUCGGUACGAUCCUGUGUCCGACGAGUCUACCUGUUCCAUUGGUAUCUAAAUUUACGACUCAGAUCUUGGUAUUUGACUUGCAAUCACCGAUCAUCAUUGGAACUUCGGUUGAACUGUUCCAUCAUUCGGUCAAUCUCCCUGCUACGAUUAGUAGGUUGAUUAACGUUUUAGAGAAAGGGCAAGUGACCAAGAAGAAUCCUAGAGUGUUACAAAAAGGAAUGACAGCAACGAUUGAAAUCACCCUCCGAUCGACAUCCAAUAACAACGCUAGGAUACCUAUCGAAACUUCUCAGCAGAAUAAGGAGAUGGGUAGGGUAUUGAUCAGAAGAAAUGGUGAGACUAUAGCUGCUGGUGUCGUAACUGAAUUAUUAGGGUAG